GAGCAAAGCAGAUGGCUUCACUGAUCGUUGCAUAUAAAGUCAUUUAAAUGGAUCCAUUCUGACUAUUUGGAUAUUAAUUCACCACCUGACUGAUUCUCUGGAUAGUUUUAUGAUUACUUUUUCAGUAGAGUGACAACAUCCAACUAUACCGAUUGACUGGUUCUUAGGCUGUUUUAAUGCUGACUGGUUGAAUUCAGAUCAACAUCUUCUGGACGAACGAAUUUCGACUGACACGAUGUUGACCAUCUCAGUGCUCCUGCUGCCGUUGCUCCUCUCCUCUCCUCCUGCCUCCUCCUCUCCUCUACCCAAGGAUCAGUCAGUGUGUGACAGGACUUUCUGCGGCGCAGGUCGAGAGUGUGUAUCGAGCGACAGAGGAGAGCCGGUCUGUCGCUGUUUACAGCGGUGUAACAUGACAGAGCACUGGGUGUGUGGCAGUAACGGCAGAUCCUAUAUAAACCACUGUGAGCUGCACAGAGACGCCUGCAUCACUCAGACCAAGAUACAUGCAGAGCACAAAGGACACUGUCCGGAGAAGCCAACAAAGACAGACGUGAGCCCCAUCGUGUGUUUCCUGUCUGAUCGUGACUGGCUCAGAGAACGAGUGAUCCAGUGGAUUCAAGAGGAGGUAGAAUCGGACAACCUGGCCUCAAAUGUGUCCUCAGCCAACGACCUCCUGCAAAAGUAUUUCAAAGCGUAUGACAACGGGGAUUCUGAGCUCGAUUCAAAAGAGUUCCUGAGCUUCCUGAAACAUAAUGAGACGGCCCUCAACCUCACAUACUCUAAUACUCUGGAGACUAACUUGCUACUGAGGUCUCUGUGUGUCGACGCUUUGAUCGAGCUGUCGGAUGAAAACGCAGACUGGAAGCUGAGUUUAACUGAGUUCAUCAACUGCCUGACACCCACCUACCAUCCAUAUGAGAGAAAGUGUGCUCUGGAGGAUGAAGUGUUCGAGGACGGAGCUGAGACUCAGAUGGAGUGUAACAAGUGUGUGUGUGCCUGUGGAAACUGGGUCUGCACCGCUCUGACCUGCACCGGAGAGCAUCAUGUAGAGGAGGAUGUUAAAGAAGGAGAAGAAGAAGAAAUGACAGAAGAAGAGUGGAGCAAAAGAGUGGCUGAACUCAGCACUUUACAGGUGGACAGUCAACACUGAACUGCUGCUGUGGUGGGAAGAUGUAAUCCAUUAUACAGUAGUCUCCUUUUCACUCAUUACUCAAAGUACUCUCACUACAUAAUCCCGCCAUAAUCAACUUAAUUUGGCCGCAUACAAUUUUACACACAGUGCAAUGAAUGCAGAAUGUGUCCUCUGCAUUUUCACCUCCUAAUAAGGAGCUGCCUUUGCGCAGCGCCCGGGGAGCUGUUAGCGGUUCAGGGCCUUUCUCAGGGGCACCUUUAACAGUGUGCAACCGUGUGGUUCCCGAGCUAACUCCCCACAGACUGAGCUUAUUCACCCAGCUGAUGUACAAACGUGGCCCACAAUUACACAAAACACAAUUUAUUUGUUUUAUGCAAACAGCAGAACACAUAAAAAAAACAGUUUAUUUUGUACUUCCAUUAUCAUCAGAUAAUAUUGCAACUUAGGCAAUAAAUGAAUAAAGCUCAGUAAACACAUAUUGUGCUGGAUGAUUACUUUUCUCAAGCAAGUUUAAGUCUCUGCAAGUUCAGACUUCAUUAAAAAAAAGUUUCUGCCUGGAGAAAACCCAUAUUUGGUACUUUGAAAAGUGGUCCGCAGUUAUAUAAAACAUAAAGUGUAUUCAUUGAGUGACACGGAUCCUUUUAAUCUUAAGUACAGAGGUAGAGUAGAGGUAACCCUAUCUUCCUGACAACAUUUUUAUAGUUUCACCACAUCUCAUAUGAAUCUACUUUACACAACAGUUUGCUUUCUAUAUUGUCAUAAUAGGAGUUUGAUUUAGGGUUAAUUGUUUAAUUGUUAAUGAGAUAUUAUAUUUAGGGUAUCCAGGUUUUGAAGUUAAUGUUUUUUUACACUGUUGCUUUAAUAAACACAACUAUUGUACAACAAAG